GUCUGGACCCUGCGUCGCCGCUCUUCGAGGAGGUUGACGAAUCCCAACGCAUCAACCCCAACAGCGCCACAUUCGUCGACAUCAUCCACACCAACGCCUGCUCCCAAGAAGACGGAUGCUUGGGAAUGAUCGAACCAGUUGGCAAAGUCGACUUCUACCCAAACGGCGGAGCUCAUCAGGUUGGCUGCCCACUGGUCAACAGCACCUCAAUUAUAGACAAUAUUCUGAGUUGCAGUCACAGUCGAUCUUACGAAUACUGGAUAGAGAGCAUACGAGCUCAGGAGCCAACAGACAAGACUUUCUGGGCGAAGCCGUGCUCGGACUGGUCGACCUACGAAGCCGGGCUGUGCAGCUCUUGUGGCAACGGCUGCGUUCAGAUGGGCUACCCGGCUGACAUUUCCGGCGUCAUCAUUGGAGCGGACAUCGAGUAUUACCUGACAACUAACGCGCAUGCGCCCUUCGCCAAGGGCUUGAACUAACGAACUUCGCGAAGCAGUUUGGUCUCCACUUCGCGACGUGGAAAAACACGCGGGAAAAAUGGUUGUUCCUUUUGAGACUCCUGCCAUAUCUGUAGUCAGAAACAUAAGAAAGAAAAAAAAACAAUCAUUCAUCAAAUCACUUGAGAUUUUUAGCAAAUACGUCUAAAGGAUACUUAACAUAUUUUUUCGAUGCUAAUAUAUUCGUUUACAAAACAUUUAUUUACGUUUCAAUUUAAAUCUCCACUUCUUGCAUGAUUGCUGUACUAAUUAAUACAGAAAUAUUCGAUACUUACCUGAAAUACGUCGAUUUUAUUACAUUUUCAAAUGUUAAACUACAUGGUAAAAGAAUAAUUGACCACGAAUCGUAACCUUUUCCAUCAUUAAUCCCUGUGAACCGCAACAACUCCAUCGCAAAUACAAAUUGGAGUUCAUAACGGUUCACCAAAUUUUAUUAGUUGUGCGAAAAAUUGAGUAAGAUUGCCUAGCAGCUAACAGUCAUUAUUUUUAGCACAUUUUCUCAUUUAUAGAAAAAAAUGCCCUAUUGU